AUGAGAUUCAUUGCCAUUUGGACACUUGUGUUUACAGUGGGGGGUUGGGCUGCCGAUGUCGUUAUAUUCGGUCGUCUCUCUGAUGCUUUUGAAAGCUCCCUGGAGAAAUAUGAUUUCAAUUCAGUUCCAGGGAACGACGGUAUACAAUUGUUUGACAUUAACGGCCAAAACAAUUACGAAAACAUCAUCGUCUCUCCUGGCGAAGAGAAGAAGUUGGCCAUAGGGUCUACAGACAUGCUGAAAUUCACCAGCAAUGGAGGUAAUUUGAUCUUAAUCAGUGAAGGUGCAACACAACUCGACUGCACGUUAUUCUUGAAUGAACUAGGCAUUUAUCCAGCACCAAAGGGUUAUAGGUAUGUCGAUCAUCACGAAACACGUCCAUUGGUGUCGCAGAACCACAGAAUAACAGACAAAGAAGUCGGCAUUGACGAAAAUACAGCUGUUUCGUUGGUUUCCAAUUCCGAAUAUAUCAUUCCCCUCUACCAGACGUCUAGGACAUCAAUGAGUGUCAACGAUGGAGGCGAGUACUGGCAUUCCGGGAAUGGAGGUUAUGCUGCGGUGGCGUUCCAGGGACUCAACAAUGGUCGUGUUUUGUGGAUUGGUAGCCCUUCAAUUGCAGAUACUAUCUCCGAGGAUACCAUUGAGUGGACGUUCCAGUUGAGAAACGUUAUUCGUAUCACCAAAGUCAGCCACGUGAGAGAGUCAGGCCCUUUUGUGGAUGUUGAUGACUAUUAUAAAGUGGGAGAUAAGGCAAUCUUUGAAAUGGACAUGCAAGAGUUCAACUACAAGAAGGGCUGGGUUCCGUAUGUUGCCUCUGACGUGCAAUUGGAGUUUGUUAUGCUUGAUCCAUACCAGCGUGUCACUCUUAAUUCCACCAAAGAGGGAAGAUACUCCACCAUUUUGCAUAUUCCUGAUCAGCACGGUAUGUUUACAUUCAACAUUGACUACAAACGCCCCGGACUCUCCUACGUUUCAUCUCAGAUCGUCGUUCCAGUGAGACAUUUGGCAAAUGACGAAUACGAGAGAUCAUGGGAGAUUCCAAACGCAAGGGUUUAUUUGACAGGUAACACUGUGGUCAUUGCCGCUUGGUUUGUCUUUAUUUUGUUAUGGGUCGUAUCAAAAUAA